AUGUUCUCGAUUGAACUCCCACGCGAUGAGUCACUUCAUUCACAGAAUGUUUCGAAAUUCGACUGGUACACGUUAACUACAGGACUGAACAUGAGCGCCAAGAAGUGUGCUCGUGAAGAGUGUGGGAAGACCGUUUAUCCUUUAGAAGAGCUCAAGUGUUUAGAUAAGGUUUGGCACAAACAAUGUUUCAAGUGCACUGUAUGUGGAAUGACCUUGAACAUGAAGAACUAUAAAGGUUAUGAUAAAAUGCCGUACUGUGAACCACAUUACCCAAAAACAGUCGCCUCCGUGGUCACAGAUACCCCUGAAAUGCGACGGGUUGCAGAAAAUACGAAAAAUCAAAGCCAGUCUUGUAGCUAUCAGUACCUUCGCUGGAUCUUGGUCCAUCCUAUUGGAAAGUUAGAAAAAGUAAUGUAUCCAAAGCCUUAUUUUGCCGAUUACUCCCCUGCCCUAUCCAUUAAGACCUGGCUAGACUGCACCUAA